AGUCCUUUCCCCGUCGCACAGCUGCACAGUCAACAACAACCCUUCCGCACUGGCACUAGCGUGUCUCUCUUCGAAGCAUCGCACUCUGCGUGCUCCGACGAAUCAGCUGAUAUGUUGCAGGCGUUCGCGCGACAGGCGGCGCUUCCCCGCCGGCUUGUUAUAAGCAUACGUGCGCUUCGCGCGAGUAUUACACGAGUUCGUCGUCGUAUCUUCUUUCCUUCGCGGAGCGGCUAUAAGGACCGCGGCUCUCGUGACUGCGAAGCCGAGCGCGUUCGCGUGGGACUGAUAUAACGUCGCCGCCUGAGCCGCGCACACAAGGGAGGCCAAUACUGCUGCGUGUGUUUGACGUAGUCUGCGGAGCGGGAGAGAACGAUUCUGUCUCUAUACGACACACGGGGAGGUGUGUGUGUGUGUGUGUGUGUGUGUGCGCUCGUGUCUGGCUGUGUGCUGUGUAUACGGGGAUUUUCUUCGGCUGCUAUGGAUAUAUCAGGCCGAGAGGGAGCGACGCCGACGCCGGUGUGUCGAGUAUACGCGCGAGUCUCUUUUCGGGAGAAACCGUUGCGUCAUGUUGUGAAUUUUCGAGAAGCUCUUUUUCGGGCACUAUUCCGUCGCUGAGCUGCUCGAGGAUGAUAUUAUAACGAAUCGCGACUAUUAUCGCGAUGAAUUUAACUUUCACGCGCUUUUAUGGCCAGAAAUCCGAGCAAACCCAACAAAGACGAGUUUGUGUAUGUAUCUAUUUACGACAGAGAGAAAGAGAUUACCGUCGCUCUGUAUCCAACUCUUAUCUAGUCGGCUUAUCGAAAAUUUCUCGUGAAACAUAAAAAAAAAAACUUUCCAGACAACAUACAAGCAAAACGACUCGCGCUCGAAGAGCGAAUGACAUCAGACUCCCGAGCGUCGAAUCCUCUCUGGCCCCACCCGUUUGAAUUCAAGGAUCGAACCGGAGCUCGAGCAAAAAUACGCACAAGUCUAGUCUCAUAAAAGAAGAAACACGCGACGAUAAAAAAACGCUCGCUCGCUGCUCCGCACAAAGAGCAGCGCGCGCGAGAGCCCAAAAGGAGUACGAUAUAUACGUAGAAUAAACGAAUGGACAGCAUAUAUACAUAUAUACAUACGGAUCGAGGGGUGUGUGUAGAGCAGCUGAUCCGUCUCCUCAGCGCUACUGCGUCAGUUUCUCGUACUCGCUGCUGCGCGCGCGGCGGGUGUUGCCAUCUGUCGGCAUCAUGGGGGGAGGGGGGCAGCACUGCGCGCGAGAGCUUUUUGCAAGCUCCGCCGGGAAUGCAGGGCGAAACAGGGCUGUACAGCAUUAUUGAUUCGCGCAGACCGCCGGGCCGGGUAUCCGUAAAGUUAUUUGCAAGGAUUCGGAGCUGGAAUAUAAGGCGUGGGGGCGUGCGUUAUUCGCUUCAUUUUCUGUCUGGCUCCGCGCGGAUGAUGCGUAUAGAUGCGUGGCUUUUUCGAGAUUCUGCAAAACGAGAAACUGACGCUUGAUAUUUUUCACGGGACAACUAAAAAUAUUUUUUCAAUUACGUAGGUGCAUUCGCGAUCUCGUGAGAUCUUUUAUCGAUCGCGUUAGAAGGCUGUGCGCAACGGGUGUAUGACUUCAGGAAAAUUUCAUUAGGUGUGUCUGUGAAAGAAGUGACUAAUAUUCAAGCAACUUUUUGAUAUAGCCAUCGCACCAUGGCAACUAUGGUAAUUGGUCGACCAUGUACAUAUUAGCUUUAUUUCAGACGUCGAUAAAGCUCAUCCCAAAAUCCUCUUCCAAUACACCUAAAACAUCAAUACCCUAUACAGCUCUUUCGUCCCGAAAGAAUGGAACAAAACCGCAGAGUGCGCCUGACAAACCCAAGUUUCCAAUACGCACAAGGCUUUCCUUUGUACUAAAUGUGCGCCUCCUUCCUUUACGUCACCGCUAUACAUCCCAGCGGACUAUACUGCCUGCGAGCGCGUCGGGCCGAGAAUAAUCGGGCAGAAAAUUAUUAACCUUACUCUCUCUCUCUCUCUCUCUCUCUCUCUCUCUCUCUCUCUCUCUCUCUCUCUCUCUCUCUCUCUCUCUCUCUCUCUCUCUUGUUCGCGUACAUAAGGCACUAUAUUCGGCUCUCUCUCCCUCUUUCUCUUCGCGCGGAGCGACUUGCAGCCGAAACGAAUUUUUAUUUUCCCUUUCCGUCCAUCGGAACGCGCGCAGCAGCGCCGAGCGCCGCGCUACAAGUAUACACUUAUACCUAUAUAACGUCGGUUUGGGCUCUCCGCGCGCAGCGCCGGCAGUCGCAACGCGACUCGCGUUUACUGCACUCCUGCGCUCGUACACUACGUGCGAUAUAGAUAUAGUGCGGGUACAUGUAGUUUUGGGUGUAAACCGCGUGUGCGCGGCUUCGAUUUCGGCCCUCUACGUACCUACAUUUGCGGUUUUCGCGGACGCAGUUUUUCGAAGGCGAUCUGCGCACACAAUACGCUGAUGGCCGCUGUGGGUUUCUUGCGGAAGGAUUCUAUGCAACACCUGAGAAGCCACCAGCUUUAAAGUUAAUCCUAAAGGUUGGCGGAAGUUGUGGUACCCCAGAGCACGUAGGUGGCGACUCCCCGGGUCAAGGAGCAAUGCUAUCUCAACACUACCAGCAACAGCUGGGUUUCAACUAUUCAGUUACUGGGGGAGAAGGAGAGUACGAUAGGUUUCUCGGGCACAAGAAACUCAAGAAAAAGAAAAAGAAGAAAGAUAAACGCCACAAACACCAUCACAAGGACAAAAAGAGGAAGAGAGAAGAGUCGAGUCAAGAGUCAGUUGGUGAUGGGGAUGAAAGUAUACUAGAGGUGCCCAAGAAAAUUGCUCCCAUUCACCAAUCACUGCCUCCUAGGCCUAUCAUUCCUCCCAGCAAUGAACCAAGACCAGCAAAUCCCAUUGCUGCUAGUGGCUUAUCUCCUCAUAGAGAACCUAGGACCUGUGUUCUUAGAAAAAUUGCAGAAAGGACACCGCUGCAACGAUUAUUGGAGCACUUACUUAGGUCAAUGGAAAAACGAGAUCCUCAGCAAUUUUUUGCAUGGCCUGUCACAGACAACAUUGCCCCAGGGUACUCACAAAUAAUUACGAAUCCCAUGGAUUUCAGCACAAUUAAGCAAAAAAUAGAUGAUAACAAUUAUCAAAACAUUAGCGAGUUUGUAAGCGAUUUUAAGUUAAUGUGUGAUAACGCGACAACGUAUAAUCACCCGGAUACUAUUUAUUAUAAAGCAGCUAAAAAAUUAUUACACGUUGGAUUGAAAAUGGUGACUCCUGACAAAUUGAAACAAUUGCGCGCGGUUUUAGUUUACAUGCAGGAUUUGACUAAAGAUGAGCUCGGAUUUGAACUUGGCACUGAAGAUCUGGUAAGUCCCGAUAUUCAUAUAACUGAAGAACAAAUAGAAAAGGAACGAGAGCAAGAAGAACAGAUGGAGGAGGCUGAAGAGUUGAGGAAAGAGACUCAGAGAAAGAUAAGAUUGGCAAAUCUGGGCAAAUUUGAGGCUAUUCCAGACGACCUUACCCCAGAAGAAAUUUUAAAACAAGCACGCGGGGCGGCCAAGUCUGCCGCAGAAAAAUUAAGUCUUAAGCGCGUCGGUUCCAAAAUGGGAUUCCUUAGACAAAAGAAAGACGGCACGACGAGUCUACAGAUUAUUGUACCUGGCGACGGAGUCAUUCCUGGAACGAAUCAGAGGCCUGUGUCCUUAGGACAGUUAAUAGGAAAGUUAAGCCAUGGUACAGGUGCCUUAGCUGGAUUUAGGGAAGAUAGAAGGAAUAUGUCAAAACCAGUGAAGCCGUUAUAUUAUGGGGCCUUUGGAUCAUAUGCUCCUAGUUAUGAUUCAACAUUUGCCAAUCUGACAAAAGAGGAAUCGGAUUUAGUUUAUCAGACUUACGGUGAUGAGACUGCUGUACAAUAUGCAGAAUCUAUCCUUGACUUUACCAAAGACUGCGACUAUACCCUGACUAUGGUAGAUGAUUUAUUAGAUAUUUUAACAAAUGGAGAUCACAGAAAAACAAAGAAAUUCCUAGAAGAGAAGAGAAGAUUAAAGGAAGAGGAAGAAAAGAUUAAACAUUUGUUGGAAAAACCUAUUCAAGAUGUAAAUCGUAACAUUCCUCCAGUUGAGAAAGUUAAAGUAGAUAUAGAUCAACUGAAAACUUUGUCAGAUAUUGGAAUUGACAUUAACUUCUUAGAAGGCUUAGAAGAUGAUUUGAAGGUAGCAGAAGAGCGAGAAGUUCUGCAAAAUCGUUUAGAUGACACAUCAAGCAUGCUGAACAACCUUAGACAAACCCAGCAUGAUCGUCUUUCAGCUCCUCCACCUUCGCAUUUAGCAAAUAUUCCAAAAGCAUCAGAAACAGAGGCCAGCCUUGCUGAGAAAAUUACGGAAAAUUUAAGCAGUAUCGCGAAAAAACUGCCACCAUCUGCAAUUGCACCUGUUGAUGGCUUAAGAAAAGCUAUGGGAAUAGCUCCACUUGGUGGUCCUGAGCCAAUGGAAGUGGAACCAAUCACACACAAUCCUUCAAUCGUCACAGAAAACGCGAUAAUUCAAGAAAAUGGUACAAACCAAGAAGCAAAUAAUAUGCUGCCAAUGUCUAUGUCAUUAGAUUUGAACAGUGUCAGGCAAGGGCAGCUACCCAUUCAAAUGGUUCUAGGGCAAAAUCAAACUGCAUCCAUACUGAGUGCAACAGAAACAUCUGGAGUUAACGAUCUAGAGUCUGAACUUCGAGAGUUCCUGGAGAGUGACCCAACGUUAGGGCACUCGCCCCUUCAUGAUGAUAAAACAUUGGAAGACAUUCUGUCAGAGUCUUAGCACGUAAUAUAGUUAUUAACAGAUAGUCAAUUGGAUUCUUAAAUUUGAAGAAAAAAAAACUGUAAAUUUGUUUAAUAUGUAAGUUUAAACUAUAAGACUAACCUAAAUUUUAAAAAAAUAUACAGAUGCCUUUGAUAAUUAAAAA